AUGGUACAUGGGCCUUGUGGGAUGGCAAACCCAAAAUGUCCAUGCAUGAAAGAGGGAAGGUGUACCAAGUAUUUUCCAAAGAAGUUCCAAGAUAUAACAAUAGUUGAUCAAGAAGGUUAUCUGGUUUAUAGAAGGAGAGAUAACAGGCAUAUCAUUGAGAAGAAUGGAAUCAUGCUUCAUAGCGGUCAUGUUGUGCCCCACAACCCACAUUUGCUAAUGAAGUAUGAAGCACACACUAACAUGGAGUGGUGCAAUCAAAGUACUUCAAUAGAGUAUCUAUUCAAGUACAUCAACAAGGGUUCCGAUAAAAUAUUGACAGUUAUUAUUCCAAAUGCAACUGGUGGUGACGGAAAUAUUGACGAAAUCAAACAAUACCUUGAUUGCAGAUAUGCAUCACCAAGUGAAGCAUGUUGGAGAAUAUUUUCCUAUUCUAUUCAUGGAAGGAAACCGACUGUUGAGAGAUUGUUUUUUUACAUGGAAGGAGAGAACUCGGUCUACUACAAAGAUUUUGAACAAAUUGGAAAUGUACUUCUUAAGGAAAGUGUAACAGAAUCCAUGUUUACUUCUUGGUUUAUGGCAAACAGAGACUAUGAUGAGGCCAAACUAUUGACAUAUGGUCAAUUUGUGUCAAAGUUUGUUUAUGACAAAAAGAAGAGAUGUUGGAAACCUAGAAAAAGAGGUUACACAAUUGGUCGCUUCAUUUGGGUCCCUCCAUCAACCGGAGAAUUAUAUUAUAUGCAGAUGUUGUUGAAUGUGAAGAAAGGGCCUACAAGUUAUGAUGAUCUCAAAACAGUUGAGGGUUUUAAGAAUUCAACUUUUCGAGAGUUAUGCUUUGCAAUGGGGUUUCUACAAGAUGAUAGAGAGUUCAUUGAGGCAAUCAAGGAGGCUUACAAUUGGGGUUCUAGUGUAUUUUUGCGCAAACUUUUUGUUACCAUGUUGUUAUCAGCUUCAAUAAAUCGACUGGAACAUGUUUGGCGUAACACAUGGAGAUACUUAUCAGAUGGAAUUCUAUAUGAACAAAGAUUAUUAUCGAAAAAUCCAGAGUUAUCCUUAUCUGAUGAAGAAAUCAAAGAACUCACAUUGAUUGAAUUUGAGAAACAUCUUAAAAAGAACAAAAGGAUCUUGAAUGAGUUUAAGCCUAUGCCGUAUCCGGAUAAUUUUGUACUGGAUUUUCUUGGAAAUAGACUGAUUUAUGAUGAACGACAAUAUGAUAUUUCAGCUCAAAAAGAAUUAUUUGAUUCAAUGUUUCAAGCUUUAACAGAUAUUAUAUCUACAAAACUUAUUAAUAUCUUUUAUUUCUAUGAACAGGGAAUUGCAAGCCUUCUUUUACCUGGAGGGAAAACAACACAUUCCAGAUUCAAGAUUCCAGUACCAUGCCUAGAAUCAUCAAUUUGCUACAUUGAAAAAAAAAUAGAUCUAGCUGGGUUGUUGAAAGUUACAAAUUUGAUAAUUUGGGAUGAGGCUCCUAUGGCAAACAAAUUUUGUUUCGAAGCUCUUGACAAAUCUUUGAAAGAUAUAAUGGAUGAUGACAAAGUUGCUUCUAAGAUAAUUUUUGGAGGAAAGGUUGUGGUAUUUGGUGGCGAUUUUAGACAAAUUUUACCCGUAGUUCCUAGAGGUACCAGGUCUGACAUUGUGCAUUCCACAAUAAAUGCAUCAUAUAUUUGGGAUCAUUACAAAGUUCUAAAAUUAACCAAAAAUGCGCGUUUGAGAGCUGGGACAAAUCCAACCAAUGCAGCAAAGAUACACUGGUUUUCUGAAUGGAUUUUACAAUUUGGAGAUUGUAAUACGUGCCUGAGCCAAUUUAUUUUGAAAUAUGGUGGAAAAAUUUUGGGGUAUGAUAAAGAUGGAAAGAUAUCUGAACCAAAUGCUGGAUAUGCUGAAAUUUGUAUUCCACAUGAGUUACUUCUAGCAAAAUUUGAUGACCCAAUAGAGAUGAUUGUUAAAAGUACUUAUCCUAAUAUUCUUGAAAAUUACACAAAUAGUACUUUCCUUCAAAGUAGAGCUAUAUUGGCAUCAACCAUUGAGAUUGUGGAUGAAAUCAAUGAUUACAUCAUAAAUCUUCUACCAGGUGAUGCAAAAGAAUUUUUGAGUAGUGACUCUAUUGACAGAUCAUAA